AUGUAUUCAAAUAACAAUCAACAAAGUUAUAGUGAAUCUGAUUAUAAUAACUAUGAAACAGAUAAACUUCAACUUAAUGUGGGAUAUCAAAAAAGUGUUAAUGCUAUAGUUGUUAAUAAAUUUGUUGAAAGACAUAAUUAUUCUUUUGCACCACAUAGAAAAAAGUUUGCUCUAGGCUUAUAUUCACUUUUGCAAGAUGUUUUGGAUACAAUAAAGGUUCUAACACAGAAAUAUAAACUUGGAGCAAAGGCUCAAUAUCAAAAAUUCAAAAAAGCAAAACACAAAGAAUGUUUAAAAGAAUCAAGCUCUACACAAGAAGUUUUUCAAAAUUUAGAUAUAGAGACUUCAAGAUCCACUAAACAAGCUAAUAUAGAAACAAAUAAUAAUAAUAUUAAAUCAAAACUGGGGGUUCAGUAUUGUGGUAACUGCUAUGAACCAGAACAUUAUACUACUACUUGCAAAUUUUCAGAAAAUUAA